AUUUAAUUUCUAUUAUAUUUUUUAUAGAAUAUUUAAAAAAAGUUGAAAUCGACAGUACAAGAAAAAUAUUCCGAUUUUCGAGGGAAAUCUUCAUUUCUUUGGAUUGUCCAGUCGAAUAGUUUAAUCAAAUGACAAGAUAAGAGUCAUCACAGAGUUCGAUCUGAAUCGAAAUCUAAUCAGUUGAAGAAUAAAUAUUAAAUAUCGAUUUUCUAUCUCAAUUUAUCAUUCUCACGUUUAUUUCCUACGUUUUUCAUAACAAUUCGAGGGAUAUCAGCACCUCAUGAUCUUGAGACGUUUUUUUUCACUCUCCGAGGUAAAAGAAGUGAUACAUCCUGCUCGUAUCGCUCAUGAGAUUAUUUGUAAACUAUUACCAAUGACCUGGCAAUUGUACGCGAGCUGAGAACAGACAUAUGAUAAGUUCAUUAUGUAAAAGAAAUCUUUAGGUGGAGAUAGAUUGACGGACGACAGGACACCCUGAGAAUAUUAAAAAAACUGCAGAGGCCAAGAGCUGCAGUACAAGUAAUGACUGAGCAAUCAGUGACGAACUGUGGAUUAUGUGGUAUUUAUCCGAAAUGGCUGCAGAAACGAGCUACACCACACACAUUCAUCCUGGUGUAUGGGUUUCUUGGUCUGGUCCAGGCGAUGGCCUUUGUUUACAUGCUCGUCACACUAACUACAUUAGAAAAGCGCUUCAAAAUACCCAGUCAGACGACCGGAAUUAUUUUAUCUGGCAAUGAGAUCUCACAAAUUCUAUCCCUAAUCCUAAUGUACUACGGUGGUGCUGGACACCGUCCAAGAUGGCUGGCAGCUGGAGUUGGCUUUAGUGCUCUCUCCUGUCUCAUCCUAGCGAUUCCCCACCUGCUCUAUGGUCCUGGCAAGGCUGCACUUGCCCUCACACAGGAGCAUUUAGACAAGAAUCUUCCACAAAAUGUCACCAUUUCGACCGAGUACCUCUCCCUCUGCCCUGGAGAGAGGGAGCCUGAAGAGUGCGACGAAGACGACAUGGGAGACGCUGGAAUCACUCCCAGAAUUCUCGUCUUUCUGUCUCAAUUUGUAUUAGGCAUUGGGACCACUUUAUAUUUUGGACUUGGACAGACUUAUCUGGAUGACAAUACGAAGAAAUCUAGCACUCCGAUGCUUCUAGGUAUCACAUUUGCACUUCGAACAACAGGACCAGCACUUGGUUUUAUCCUGGCAUACGUAUGCAUGAAAUUGUACAUAGUUCCAAAUCUUCACCCAGUGAUAAAUGACAAGGAUCCAAGAUGGCUGGGUGCUUGGUGGCUUGGCUGGAUUAUCCUGGGCAUUUUACUCGCAGUAUUUGCAUUAUUGAUUGCAAUGUUCCCCAGGCAUCUCCCCAAGAAGCCGAAGAAAGAUAACAUGAAUAAUAAUAAGCCUGAAGGUGAAGUCCCGUUGAGAAUAACUGAUCGGGUCCAGGGCAUCGUCGAAGCUCCAAGAAUUAUCCAAACGGUGGAGAAAAUCGAAAUUCACACAACAACUGUCGAAGAGGAAGCGCAUGUUCCAACACUGAGCGAUUUUGGUGUCACUCUGAAAAGAGUCUUUUCGAACAAAAUCCUUUUGUGUAACAAUCUGAGUGCAGUGUUUAGUAUUUUUGGUUUUCUUCCUUACAUGACUUACAUGGCGAAAUACCUCGAGGUCCAAUUUAACACUUCCGCCGCGGGAGGCACCGUUAUAACAGGACCUAUUGCCCUGACUGGCAUGGUGCUAGGAUUCAUUGGUUCAGGCUUCUUCAUAAGCAAAAUGCGACCUAGACCAACCAGGCUGUUGAGUUGGAAUGUUGUGGGUGGAUUUGUUUGUGUUCUUGUUCAGAUUGUCUGGAUUUUCAACAGCUGUCCUGUUAUGCCCACUGAAGGGAUUGAUUCGACGUCUGCGACAAUGAACUUCACAACAGCUUGCAACAUCGGUUGCAACUGCGAGAGGGUGAAAUACUCACCAGUAUGUCACCGAACAUCCAUGAUAACAUACUUCUCAGCCUGUCACGCAGGUUGCACGAGUUCCAUAGACUCGCGAACCUUUGGUAACUGCAGCUGUGUGCCUGAUUACCUAGAGCUAAAUGAAACUCAGAGUUACUCAGUCACACCUCCAGAGAACACAGUGACGCUUGGGCCUUGCUUGGCCGACUGCGUGAAGACUCACAUGAUAUUCGCCAUUACGAGUAUGAUCAAUCAGUUUUUGCUGUCCACUGGCAAGAUUGGGAAUGUCCUUGUGAAUUAUCGGUGCGUCGAGAAGAGGGAUAAGAGUGUUGCUCAAGGGGUUACCCUGAUGUUUGUUUCUCUGUUUGCAUUGAUUCCCGGACCAAUUUUGUACGGAGCUAUUAUUGAUCAGACUUGUCUCAUAUGGGAAGACAGCUGUGGAAGCAAUGGAAACUGCUGGCACUAUGAUAAGGAUAAGUUUCGGUGGUCUCUCAAUGCUACUGCUAUGUGUUUCACAUUCCUUGGAGUUCUCUUUGACGUAUUCGUCUGCCACUUAGGCAAAGAUCUCGAUCUGUACGGCACUGAGGAAGAGGACCAGCGUAAAGUAUUCAUCCAAGAGGACACAGUGAUAACUCGCCAAACAAAAACAAUCAUUCUCAAGCCUGAAAAAAAGUUGUAACCCGCUUGCUAUCUCGCAAUGUAUUUUCCUCUCAAUAAAUCUCCAAAGUAACUCCUCGGAAAAAGAGCGGUAUGAAACAACAAACAAGCCAAAAAAUAAAAUUUUAAGUCUCAGUAUUA